GCAGUGCCAGCCUUUCCUCAUUUGAAUGCUGCCACAAAUGGCUUUAUAGGUGGGAGUAGAUCUGCUUUGCAUAUGGCAUCUGGAGAAGAGGAGGCUGAGAGACAACCAUAUCGCUCUCUACGACUACCUGAAAGGAUGCUAUAGCAAGGCUGGCAGCCUAAUCCUCAGGGGUAUGGAAAUGAGCUUAGGCUUUCUGGAGAAACUAGUGUGGGCUUAAUUAAGCAUGCCCCCACCAUCCUGUCACCAGCAUCUAUAGCUGCUCAGCUGUCCCUGCAAGCACUGAGAGGCACAGCAGGAGCGAGUCCCCAUAUCCUGCCUCAGCUUGACUUUGCUGUGUCGGACGAGCUGAGGUCAUUCGUACCCAGCCCAACGCCAUCCGUGGAGCACAGCCGCUGCACUCACGCCGCAGGAGCAGAGGCAGAAGUGCUGCGUCCUCGCUGGACAAGGAGCGAGGCCAUUCCCUGAGCGUCCUUGCAGCAUCAUGACUCUCCAGGCUGACUUUGAUAGUGCUGCAGAAGAUGUAAAAAAACUAAAAACAAGACCAACUGAUGAAGAACUGAAGGAAUUAUAUGGAUUCUACAAGCAAGCUACUGUUGGAGAUAUUAAUAUUGAAUGUCCAGGAAUGCUAGAUUUGAAAGGCAAAGCCAAAUGGGAGGCAUGGAACCUGAAAAAAGGUUUAUCAAAGGAGGAUGCCAUGAAUGCCUAUAUCUCUAAAGCAAAAGCAAUGGUAGAAAAAUAUGGAAUCUAGAAUAAUAAAAAUAAUUCCCACUAAUAACUAACUCUGCAGUAGCUAAUGAACUAACUCUGCUGAGAAAAAUGCAAUACUAACUCCUUAUUGUGUAGUCUGACAGUAAAAUAUUUGAACCAUAAGCUGUUUGACUUUAAAGGGUAUUUACAUACAUAUGCUAUUUUUAGAUUGUAUCUUAUUCUAAAUAAACUUGAAUCUAAUGAAUUAAGCUUCCUGUAAA